AUGGGUGUAAGCUUAUCCCUAUUGGCUCCACAGGCACAUACCGUGGCCCUCAGAGCCUAUGUGGAUGUUUUACCCGGAUUCGUUUUCCUCGAUGUUAUGAACGACAGUCGUUUCCUCAAGACCAUCAGAGCUUAUGACACCACCACCCAAACGCUUGUAGUGGUUAAGGUGUUUAUCAAGCCGCCAGCUGUUGGAAUCAAGCUUCAAGACACAGCAGAGUUAUUGGGUAAAGAGGCUCUGCUUCUAGCUGCACAUCCAAACGUUCAACCAUGGCAUAAAAUCAUCGAGACUGACCUGGCAGGAUACAUGGCCAGACAGCUUGUCAAAUCCAACUUAUACGACCGUUUAUCGCUACGACCAUUCCUUACGCUGGUGGAGAAACUGUGGCUUACUUUUCAGCUCCUUAAUACGUUGCAAUUGCUCCAUGACCAUCUACAUAUUUGCCACGGUGAUAUCAAAACAGAGAACUUACUAGUAUCUUCGUCCAAUUGGCUCGUUCUUACGGAUUUUUCCCGUCACAUCAAACCAGUGUAUUUGCCUGGGGAUAAUCCUAGUGAAUUUGUCUUUUAUUUUGAUAGUUCUAAUAGAAGAACAUGCUACUUGGCUCCGGAACGGUUCUUUCUGAAGGAAAGCCCACCUGCUACUGGCGAAUCAGAGCUUUCAAGCACAAUGGACCUCUUUUCCACUGGAUGUGUUAUUGCAGAGCUUUAUAAUGAUGGAGAGCCUACAUUCACCCUCUCUGACUUGUACAAGUAUAAGAAGGGAGAGUUGGAGCCUAAUAUCACGGGCAUUCCAGAUUUGCAUGUUCGCCAGUUGGUGAAAAACUUAAUCAGCAUAGACCCUUCUAAUCGUUCCCUGGCUCAUGAUCUUUUAUACGAGUAUCGUGGGACGUUGUUUCCGGAAUACUUUUACGAGUACCUCUACAACUUCAUGUGUGACAUCAAUAACCCUACGCUUUAUGAAAUCCCAGAAAAUGAUGACUCAGUAUCUCCCAGUGACUUGAGAUUAGAAAAGAUACAUGACUCCUUUGAUGAAAUUACGAAAGCACUUCUGUUCUCAUAUAACGAGGAGUCUCCUCCUGUGAGGUCCACUGGUGCACUUAUAAGGCUCAACUUGAAAGGUCUUCCCAAAGAUUACACUAUUAGAAGAGUCAAAGCAGACGAGAAGGGCCAGGAGGAGGGUGCUCUUAUUCUUUUGAAUACGGUGUGUUCUCUCUUAAACACACUCAAAAGACCAGCUAACAAGAUUAAGGCAUGCGAGAUCAUAUUGGCACUCUCUGAGAGGAUAAGUGACGAUGCAAAGCUUGAUAGAUCUCUUCCAUAUCUUUGCAGCUUUAUAGAUGACUACUUGGAAGACACGUCCUUUUUUCAGGCAACUUCAGUCAUGAAUGACGGCAACAACUUUCCUCCGCAUACACAUCUUUCUACAAGAGUGCCUUGCGUUGCGCUAGUCGGGGUUACAAACUUACUUGAGACUUGUAAUUCUGUCAAUGCUAUUAAUGCACAGCUUUUCACAGAAUACUUGUCUCCGCUUUUGAAAAGUAUAGCAUUUUUGAGCUCCCCUCACAAGGAAGAAGUACGCUACUUGCGCUUGACAUUGGCAAUUUGCUUACCUUAUUUGGCUUCUGUAUCAGAGAGGUUCAGUCUCAACUCUCGCCAAUACAGAAACAGUACCUCAUCAUUCCCUCCAGAAGAUGGUAAUGAUGGCGCCAUACUUGAACAAGAUUCACUAAAAGCAAGGUCGCUUACAGACUUCAAGGAUUUAACUGAAGCAUUACUCACAGACUCAGACGUCUCUGUUCGUAUUGGAUUGGUCAAUGAGAUCUUGCCUCUUUGUGAGUACUUUGGUGCUGAUAAAACUAACGAUUUGAUUCUUCCGCAUUUGAUCACAUACUUGAAUGACCCAAGUUAUCAGCUCAGACUUGCAUUUUUAUCAUCGAUAAUCAAAAUCGGUCCUUUCAUUGGAGCUUUGGCCUUCGAGCAGUAUUUGCUUCCCCUUCUAUUCCAAACCUUGGGCGACCAUGAACAAUUCGUGGUUCUAAAGAUACUCGAGAUCUUUCAUCACUUUUUGAAAGAUAAGUUAAUUAACCCUGCUUCUGAGUUUAAUGCCUUGUCAAUUUAUAAGGAGAUUCUUACGAAUUGCACCACUCUCUUGUUGCAGCCUAACGAAUGGAUCCGUCAGUCAGUGGUGAACAUCAUACUAGUCGUUAGUGAUAAUCUUCUGAAUGCAGACCGGUUCUGCUUCUUGUACCCUAUCAUCAAGAGUUAUCUUUCCUAUGACAUUUCCGUCCUUAACUGGCAGACAUUGUACCCUUGCGUUACAAAGCCGCUUCUGAAGCAAGUUUAUGAGACAGCUCUCAUUUGGUCUUCGAAUGCCACAAGCAAGUCUCUUUUCUGGAAGCAGACUAACUUUUCCGCUAUCCAUCAAAUGAACGGAAGAAAGAAGUUGGUUUCCUACUCCAAGGAUAUGGGAAAGUCGGUUUAUGUUCCACAUUCAACCACCAGUUCGAUAGGCGAGAACAACAAGAUGUCUGACAUAACCUUGUCAUCAGAAGAUAAGCAAUGGAUUCUUAAGCUUAAGAGUGUGGGUAUGGAAGAGAAAGAUCUUUGGAAGGUAUUUGCGUUGAAGGAACACUUUUUAAGUUUCAACCGGUCCAAACUCCAUGCAUCUGGAAACAGUCAAGAAGAAUACAAUAUGGCAUCCAAAGUUAAUGUUCCGCCCAUCAACGUGUUCUUUGAUAUUUGCUACAAAACAGAACCCAUUGACAGCAACGCAAAGACGAUAGAAACUACUACAUCGCCAACCAUGAAAGAGACAGGCUCCAUUCGUUCUACCAACGAAGGAAGAGGAUUGUUCUUCUCCAGUGCCCAGAAAGCUAAGGCAUCUUCACAGACUGUGGCAGCUAAUGUACAUGGAGAAUUGGAGAUCAGCCAUGUGGACGGUAGCGUACCGCCCAAAUCCCGCCAUCACCACCAUAUUCAUUCAAGUACUCGUGACGCAAAUCUGAUUCAUAAGGUAUUCGGCGCUGGUGCAUCCAAUGUGAUCUCUGCCACCAUGAGACAUAGCUAUCAAGAUGCAAACCCUCAUAUCAAGGAUUAUCUUCAGAAUCUAUCAUUUGGGCCUACGCUUGAUGACUUCCCAGAGUUUGGCUCAAUCAUCAAGAGCGGUAAUGAUGCGUCGCAAGCAGUACCAGAAUUCAACUUGCAGGGCGUCUUGGUUACACUGAUAAAUGCUAAGAGUGAUCCCAGCUCGCAUGAAAUCAUAACUAUAAUCGUUUCUUCUCCUACUUCCGAAUUUUUUGUUACUGGCUCCGAAGAUGGGAAAGUAAAGGUUUGGGAUACAACGAAGUUAGAGAAGAACAUCAUGUCAAAAAGCGCUAGUCUUACCGUGGACUUGAAAAGCCCAGUGACUGAUGUGGUAUUCCUUCCCCAUCGUUUUGUGUUUGCCGUUGCAACCGCCGAUGGAAAGAUCCGCUUGUUUCGUGUCCUAGUCGCCAGGAACAAGGCCAAGAAGAUCACCAAAUAUUCGAAACUUCACAAGAUCCGUGGCAUGGCAUUGAAGCAUGGAUUUGCAACGACUUUGGAAUUUGCCAGCACCAACGAUAAGGCCCUUUGCGUUGCGGUGACGAGCGACUGUAAGAUCACUGCCCUUGACAUCAUCACACUGGAGGUAUACUUUGAGGUGCAAAACCCCCUUGUCCAUGGCGUUCCUUCUUCAUUCCUUUUUUCCAAGAACGGGACUUGGGUACUUGUGGGUACGAGCGAUGGAAUUUUGUGUCUUUGGGAUCUUCGUUUCCAUAUUUUAGUGAAGUCAUGGAAGGUCACUAUCGACAACUCCACCGUGCAAAAAUCAGCCAUUAGAAAGCUUAUGAUGGUACCUCAUAGUGGUAGGUUGACUGAGAAGAUGACUAGCAACAACUACUUUGCAAUGAUUGGAGGACUGAGGGAGGCUGAUAUAACAGUCUGGGAAGUCCCCAGUUUCGAAUGUCGUGAGAUAUACACUGCCAACACUGAGAAUCCUCAAAUUAAGAAGUACGCUUUGCAAGAAAUUAAGCUGCAGAAGGACGUCAAUUUGGAUGACUUGUUUGCUGAAUUCACUCUUGAUCUCGACAAGCCUCAAGAUGAUAGUCCUACGUCGUUAGAUUUGACGCAAAGAGGAGGCGUAAACCCACAUGAAGAUGGCUACUUCGUUCUGACCACAAGUGACAGUCGAAUCAUUGUAUGGGAUCUCCACGAUAUCAAGAAGUCAGGACUGGUAUUUGGAGAAAAGAGUACAUUUGGCAAAACCCAAGUCAGUUCAAGACUAAGCGUUGCUUACGAACAAAGUGCUCCAAAUGGCAAGACAAGAAGAAGUAACAUCCCUCGUUACGAUGCCAUUACUGGAUUAGCGGUUUUUUUUAAGAUGGCUUUUGACGACGCUUUAGGUAUUAAGAUUGCUUUCGAAGAAGCCCAAAAGAGUUUUGACAACGGAGGUAUCCCUAUUGGAGGAGCUCUUAUUCACGAAGACGGCACGGUUCUUGGUCGUGGCCAUAACCUGAGAUUCCAGAAAGACUCGGCUACUUUGCAUGGUGAGAUUGAUACUUUGGAGAAGGCAGGCCGUUUGAAGGGCAGCGUCUAUAAGAAGUGUACCAUGUACACGACGUUAUCUCCUUGUGACAUGUGCUCUGGUGCUUGUAUUUUGUAUGGCGUCAAGAGAGUUGUUAUUGGAGAGAAUGAGAACUUUGUUGGAGCCGAGGAGUUGCUUCGUUCCAAGGGUGUUGAAGUUGUGAACUUGAACGACUCCAAGUGCAAAGAGUUGAUGUCUCGUUUCAUCAAGGAACGUCCACACGACUGGAACGAAGACAUUGGCGAGUAA